ACACUGUGUGCUAGGGACAGAUUUGCAGAAUGGAGGUGGGCAUGGAUACUCUUCAUGCUAUGGGGGUCUAUAUAGUCAAACAUCUUCAGGAUAACUUUAUGAGUUCUGAAGACUGGUUUAUAUUUGUCUCACAUGCGGCCGACCUCAGAAGCACAUUCUACAUCAUCUUCCCCAUAUGGUUCCAUUUGUGUGAGUCUGUUGGAAUCAAACUUAUAUGGGUGGCUGUGGUCGGUGAUUGGUUGAACCUUGUUCUUAAGUGGAUUCUUUUUGGACAAAGGCCUUACUGGUGGGUACAUGAGACAUCCUAUUACGCUAAUGCUUCAGCUCCAGAAAUUAAGCAGUUUCCUGUAACCUGCGAGACUGGACCAGGAAGUCCAUCAGGGCAUGCUAUGGGCUCUUCGUCUGUGUACUAUGUGAUGGCAUGUGCUGUGCUUACAUGUCUGCAUAAUAAGAACUCUUUCAAGAGCAGGUGUCAGCGUUGGGCCCUGUGGGUUGUCUUCUGGGGAGUCCAAAUCAAUGUCUGCCUGUCAAGAGUAUUUGUGGCUGCCCAUUUUCCUCACCAAGUUAUUGCUGGUGUCAUUUCAGGAAUAGUGGUGGCUGAAAUGUUUAACCACAUACAAGUGAUCUACAGUGUCAGCUUGAAAAAAUACAUCUACACCACAGUUUUCUUCUUUGCCUUUGCUGUGGGCUUCUACUUGUCACUCAAAGCUUUUGACGUGGACCUUUUAUGGACCUUAGACAAGGCAAAACAAUGGUGUGCCAGGCCUGAAUGGAUCCACAUUGACUCCACCCCUUUUGCCAGCCUGAUCAGGAAUUUAGGCAUCUUCACUGGCCUAGGACUAGCCUUAGACUCCAAUAUGUACAAGUCCAGCCACAAGGGGAAGCAGAAAACAGAUGCCACGUUCCACCUUGGCUGCAUUAUAGCUUCCCUACUCGUUCUCCAUAUCUUUGACUCAUUUGAGCUUCCCAACAAAGUUGAGAUGGUCUUCUAUCUUCUUUCUUUCUGCAAGAGUGUUGCUGUUCCUUUGACUGUGGUGGGAAUUGUUCCUUACUGUGUAUCUAAUUUUUUAAGGGGACAAGAUAAGAAAGUCUUGUGAAUAAUAACCAUGUGGUGAACCGUUAAUAACCUAUGUACCAGUAAUUUCAAAAGAACUAUGCUGAAGAAUAAGAUCUAGGGGGUAAUUCUGAGUUGAUCGCAGCAGGAACUUUGUUAGCAGUUGGGCAAAACCAUGUGCACUGCAGGGGAGGCAGAUAUAACAUGUGCAGAGAGAGUUAGAUUUGGGUGUGGUGUGUUCAAUCUACAAUCUAAAUUGCAGUGUAAAAAUAAAGCAGCCAGUAUUUACCCUGCACAGAAACAAAAUAACCCACCCAAAUCUAACUCUCUCUGCACAUGUUAUAUCUGCCCCCCCUGCAGUGCACAUGGUUUUGCCCAACUGCUAAAAAAUUUCCUGCUGCGAUCAACUUGGAAUUACCCGCCUUGUACAGCUGGCAACUUCUUUAUAUGUACUGUGUGAAUGUUUCAGAAAGUUUUUUAAGUCUCUGUUUUGAUAGAUUUUGAAUAUUUGGAAGGCAAAACAAAAUGUUAUGGACAUAGUCUAGGUCAGGGGUAGCCAACCCUGGUCCUCGAGAGCUACCAACAGUUCACGUUUUCCAGGUCUCCUCACAGAAUCUCAAGUGAAGUAAUUAGCUCCAACUGUGGAUCUUUUAAAAUGUGUCAGUUAGUAAUGACUACACCUGUGCAACUGCUAGGCGAGCUGGAAAACGUGAACUGUUGGUAGCUCUCAAGGUCCAGGGUUGGCUACCACUGUUCUAGGCAAUACAACCUAAGCUUUUUGUCUCUUUAUUUCAAUAUUUACACUUUGCUGUUAUAGAAUAUUACAUCUCAAUUACAGGAUGUAGUAACGUGACUGGCGGUCAGGAGACUGCCGGUCACAUUACUGGCACUUACAUCCCGCACCCCCCUAAUCCUGACAGUCGGCAUGCCAACUAGCAGGAACUCUUCACACUCGUGGGUGUUCAAGACACCCAUAGAGUGGGAAUAGAACCAGUGGUGAGCGCAGCUCAUCACGAGCGCGCAAGGAGACCCAUUGCGCUCCCACACACACACCCCCGCGCCAUCAUUCCACAGCUGGGAUCCUGGUGUCGGCCGCCGGUAACCUAUACCCAACCCCCAAUUACUGGGCUGGAUGUAAUGAAGUCUAAGUUGGCCCAGCCGAUCGUGGACAUUUUUUUAAAGCGCCAAUCAUGUACAAGGCAAAACCAUGCCUUGUAAAUUAUUGCGCUUUUAGAAAAGUCUGAAUACAUCCAGGAAUCCGCACCUCCAGCCAACUCGGACUUCAUUACACUUGACCGCCUUUUUUCAAUAUUCCAAGUUUUCAAUAUUCCAAUAUGAGAUCAGUGGCAAUAUCGGCUUGCCAAUCACUGUAUGUUUAUGAACUCUGUGUCAGACAUCUACGAGCACUAACAUAAUGUUUAUAUAUGUGUUUUAAAAUGCUGGCCUGCCACUACAUUUCUUUCAAAGCUGAAUGCAGGCUGUUAGUGACAUCUUAUGGUUCCACUGUUUUUCCUGAGGAUUGUUUGAUUUAAUCAAUGAAAUGCUACAGUAACUCACUGAUCACUAUAGAAUCACUACGAUAACUGAGUUAAAAUUUUACAUGUGUCUUCCAAAUUACUGCUCAGUUUAGCUUCAGGCAUGAGAGUGAAAGUACAGAGGCUGUCUUUAUUUUUGUUUUAUUUUUAUAAUGUACAUUGACUGAAAGAAAGUUUCCUUAUAAAGAGAAACUGGAAGGUGCUAAAUGCGUAGUUGAAAGUAUAGGAUACAUAAGGCAACCUCAACAUACAUUGUGCACACAAGAAAGCGAUGUUACUAUGCCAUCGAUGUUACUAUGCCAUCUUAAGCCAUCGGGCUUAAGAAGUGGGAAGCUCCUGCAACCCCAUCUCCUUCUCUAAAAUUACAUUUACAAUGCCACUUGUGCCCAUUAGUGACACACGUAUUUCCCAAAAAUCUUAAUAAAUGGCACAGUCUGACUCACAUUAGUCCCAUCUAAACUGAAACAGUUGGGAGGUAUAGAAGGUAAAAAAGUGUUCAUUCUUGCAUGAAUGGCCAAGUAGUUUUUGAUGUAUGAUGAAACGUGAAUUCAGAGGCGGAACUACCAUUGGUGCAGCAGGUGCAUUGCACCAGGGCCCCUGAGGACUAAGGAGCCCACUGCUGUCCAGACCAGCAAUGAGUUAUCCCCUGCCACCCCACCCCCACGAGACCAUUUUGAGCUAUGUCGUAUGAAUGACCCAGUGUAGAGAGUAGGGAAGGCCCCACUGUCUGAAGGACCUGCCCCUUGGCAGUGUAUGCCAGACUGAUAGAGGAGUUCUGUCACCUCUCAACGCUAAUGAUCACAGCCACAUACUGCCUCUAAUUAGCCGUACAUUAUUUCUGAUUCACUGCUGUCUGUGAAUUAAAGGCAGCUCACAACUGGUAUAACUGGCACUGUCAGAGUCUGCUUGACUGAGUGUGGGGACCCCUGUCACAGACAGAGCAGAGACCACUGUGCUCCUGCCUCUACCAACAUAUAUGCUUCCUGUUUUUAGCACUGCGCAGGACAUUAUACUUAUACCCCUGUCAUCCACUGUCUCUACCUGUCACCCUCCCCAUCACCCACUGUCUUCCCCUGCCUUAUGCUCUCAACCUCUGCCUCCCCCUUCCUUACACUCUCACCCUCUGCCUUUCCUUGUCACCCAUUGAUGUGUGGCAUAUUGUGAACUUGGGUUGGGGUGGAGGAGGGGGACCCAAAUUAUAUUUUUGCACCUGGGCACAACACACAAGUUCUGCCACUGCAUGAAUUCAUGGUUACAUGUGUGCUUUAAGAUCCGGAAAGUGUUUACAAUCCUUUAAUAAGCAAUAUAAUAUGUUUUAUAUAGUUUUUUGUCGUUUUAUUCAUGUGUUUCUAACCAAGUGAUUUAAAAUAAAUAUUUUGUAUCUGUUUUUGAAAA